ACUGGAGGGGAUCGUAUAUAGGCGACGAUGCCAGGUGCUCACCUUAUCAGAACCCAUAGUAUCGUCGUCAUGAAACUUCGGAUGCUGUUACACGGCAUCUCGACGCUUAUCAGCGUCGUUAUUAUUUCCGCAAGACAAACCCACUCCAACAAUGCAAGUGACCACAAGCUGGGGCAAAGAAUCCUGGCGCUUUACAGGGUAGUCGAUUUCAUGGCGCAGAGACCUCGUCAGAUGAACGUCGACGCGAUUUUCGGACUCACCAUAGCUGAAGCCCACGUUGCAAGCACUGUGAACCACGUGAAAUUGACGGUUUUUCACCCUCGUUUUCGAGACGUCCUCAUCGAUAUCCUGGAACUCUGCCGGCGCGCUCGUCGACAAGCCGCAACAGUAGUUUUAACGAAGACUAAGGAAACCGCGAUAUUGAACCAAGUCCUGAAUCAGCCGGAGAUUUGGCAACGGCCUGUUGCAUGGAGCUUCGGGUUAUUGGGCCCCAGACCUCCACCGAGUGAGAACAACACGGAAUCUUCCGUUCUGGAGUAUUUCUACAAGGGGACGCCGAACGAGACCGAAAGCGAUCGGUGUCUCUCUCAGCUUGCUCAAGACUACAGGAGGCCCCUUUGUCAGGUGUCGGAGCCCUGCGCCGAAAUGUUGACAAGAAAUGACGGGCCCAGAGGGUAUCCGCUUGCGCACAGGCUGCUGUACGUCGUGACAGCUGUCGCCGUGAGUUUAUCUUUGAUUGAAAUCAGUGCAGGAUUAGCAGUUUGGGAUACUGAUCUCUGGGGCCCGGAUAAGUCUGUAUUAAAAAUAACAAAAUAUCUAAGAUGCAUGGAGCGCGACUCCACUCCGUUCGACAAACUUAUACCUGCCUACUGCACGGCUAUAUUACAGGAUGCAGUCGAUAUGGAAGAUACUAACUUUCCAGCAAUGUCAAGAGACAUGAUCUGCGAGCAAGUCAUUCUCUGCGGAAUGGCAGGCUAUAUGGAGUUUGCCAAUGACCAUUACGCGGCGUUGAUACUGAGCUGGCCGAACGAUGUGGGUUGUUUCACGAGUUUAGGAUUUGGAGAGGAAAUAUUUCGAAAAAGAUUCAAGCGGGAAAGUGAAAGGAUGGACUACGGUUGUGACAACCACGCGACGGCGUUGGCCGCAGCAAGUUUGUCUCUGCUGAUCCGUCAGUUCGUUGAGACUUCAGAUUUGACUGUGUAGAACAGUGGGUAAAAAAGUUUGAACCGAAUUUUUGUAUUUAAGAGCCGGUCGCCUCUGGUGAAACGUUGAAUAUCGACGAAGUUUGACACGAGGUAAUAAAAAUGACACAAUAAUUUAUUCAAUUAAAUAAUAAAAAUGUUAGAAAACAGUAUAAUAAUAUUAUGUGUAUAAUAAAUUCAUGUUCAUUCAUUCGAUGCUUGUGCGGUCUGAAUCGAUGAUAAGUGAGUGUAUAAAAUGUGCGAUAUCGGUAUAGGUCUAAUGUGUAACAAUGACAUGGGGAAAAUGAACUUAAAAAAAUUUGGAACGAAACUUGAUGAAAA